CCACAGUGAACCAAUCAGGACAGAUCUGGCAUCCGUUCUAAAGACCCUCAGUCUGAUCAGAGUCGCUUACAAUUGAGAUGGAGCGGAAGAGAUUUACCAUCAGCAUCACACUUGUGUAUGUUUUGUUCUGUGCACAUCCGAGAGUCUUUGGGAUAGAAGUAAAGAUCACUGUUAAACCAGGAGACAAUGUCACUCUUUAUUGUGAUUGUGUCAUACCACUUGGUUCACACAUCUUUUGGAUUAGAAACAGCUCGUAUGGAAAUCAAUCAUAUCUACUAUUAAGUGCUGAAGAGUUGUUCAACGAGAACUUUCCUCGUUUUAAUUUUGUGCCAAACAUCUCCAGUAACUCUUAUGAUCUACAUAUUAAGAACAUCAGUGUGGAUGAUGAAGGAAUCUAUUACUGUGCAAAAGCAGAAAGAAAAAUUGCAUCCGUACAUGGCAUGCUCGAGUAUCAGUAUGGAAACAGAACAACUCUUCUAACCGUUUUGGAAACACUAUCUACUUUUACUGAGACUCCCAGUCCCACUCCACCAUAUGACCACCUCAAAAUGAUGCCGUUAUGGAUGCCGCUGGUCAUUGUGUGUCCUGUGUGUGUUCUCAUCUGUCUAUGCUGCCUUUAUCGUCGAAAGAAAAAAACAGAUUCUGGAGCUAGAAUGCUGACUAAUAGCAGACAUGAUGAGGGAGAGCGUGAAGUGUAUUACGCCUCAUUGAACAGGACUUCCCUACAACAAAAACAGCUGAGGGAUAAGCGAUUGUCAAAUUCUGACUUUAGCACUUAUUCUCAGCUCAGAAUCAAAUAAAGAAUAUCCUUCUGAAUAUUUUUGUGAUUUAAUGCGAUAAUAAUGUACAAUAAUCA